AUGUCCGAACCCGACGUUCCCUUUAAAGUGAAAGCAAUCUACGACUACAAAUCUGAGUAUGAAGAUGAUUUGAACUUCGAUGCUGGCCAAAUCAUCACCAUCACAGCAAUUGAGAAUGACGAAUGGUAUUCAGGAGAGUACAACGACAAAUCAGGAAUGUUUCCUAAAAAUUUCGUUGAGGUGUUGGCUGCCCCCGCUGUUCCCGCGCUGAACCGACCAACUAAAAAGCAAGAACCCGUAUCAGAGACUAAGGACCAGUCACAAACAAGCUCUCCAGUGGCUGAAAAUAUUUCCGUUCACCAUAUUGAGAACAAAGGUGAACCUGUUCAUUCUUCUGUUUCGCACACUGGACCACUGCCUCCGGCACAAAUUAAACAGAGCCCUACUGGGAAAGUCCCUCUCCCCCAGGCUUUUUCUUCAAAGCAAAAGGAUCCAUACAGUAUCAAGAAACAAUUUGUAGCUGCCUCCACAUCGUCGUAUGUUCCCAAAGUUCAACCAAGAGAUGACUCGAACUUGGUUGCGCAUCCAGUACAUGAAACCAAGCAUCCGGAGGAUGUUGUCAAAAGCACUCCACAAGAUGAGCAUCGGGAAGAAGAAGAAGACGCUGGUCCUAAGGUAUCUUUGAAAGAACGCAUCGCUUUGCUCCAAAAAAAGCAGCAGGAGGAGGCAGAACGUGAAGCCGCAGCAUUGAAAAGAAAAGAAGAGAGGAAGCAGAAACAAGCGGAAGAGAAAGAAAGAUUGAGACAUUUAAGAGAACAAAGAAGUGGAGAGCAACAUGUUGUGCCACAAGAGGGUGCAGAAGGUGUCGUAGGCGCAGGAGAAGAAGGAGGAAAUAUCACAAGUCCGCUGGCUGAUGUUCAGCAUCAUCAUGCCCCUGAUGAAUUGCAUCUACACCAGGAUAGCGACGACGUCACUCAUAGUGUACCCGAUGAGAGAAUUGCGGAAGAGCAGACAAGGGCGGACGAUUAUGAUGCACAAGCUGAAGAGCGGGAUGAUGGUGAAGAAAAGCAAGGCCAAGAAGGAGUAGAAGAAGAUGAGGCGGAAGAAGACGAGGAUGAUGAGGAGUUGAAACGUAGAAAACUUGUUGAAAGAAUGGCUAAGAUAUCUGGAGGAAGAAACAUGUUUGGUAUGAUGGGUAUGGCAACACCGUUUGGGGCUCCAGGAGCUGGAGAGACAGCAAAGAAACCUAAAGCAGCGAAGCAAAAGGUUGAAUCGGCUGAGUUCACAGAUGCUAAUAGAGAGGUGUCAACGAGAGACGCUGAGUCAGAGCCAGUAGCAGCACCAAAACAAACUUCACCACCAGCUCCGGUGUCCGCACCCUUGGUCCCAGGAGGGGGAGCAGGAGCAGGCACCGGGGAGCCGGCAUUACAUGCUUCAGUUUCGACAUUAGAUCCUGCUGUAAAUGCUCCUCCAGCUGCUCCUGUGGUUACACCAAGAGCCCCUGAGCACGAGCCAGUCAAAUUGAGCCAUGAAAGCUCUUCAAUGGCUGAAGAUGAUGAGCCAUCAGAUUCAGACCAAGCAGAUUUCAUUACACAGAAAGAUAUCGACAAGCAAGCGCAAGAUAGUCACAAAUACAUAUCUGAUAGUGGCACUGAAGAGCAUUCUAACACGAUUACACUCCAGAAGCACCGUCAAUUUGAAGGUGAAGGCACCGGUUAUGAAGCUGAUGAGGAUUUGUCAGAUAUGGCGAAACCACAAAACCAUGACUUAAAUAAGAGCACCACUGAUCAAGAAUUUCAAGAUGCUGAAUCAAGCAGGGUUGAGGGACAUGCGGUGAAAAUUCCACUUCAAACUGUGACAUCAGAUGCACAUGAGCAAGCUGAACAAGAAAGAGCUCCAUCUAUCCCACAAAGACACAGUUCUCAGAGAAGCUUAGAUAGGGCAAGACCACCUCCUCCAAUGCCUCCAAUUCCUGGAGCAAUGCCACCUCCCGUAGACCAAGAUGCAAAAGCAGAACGCAGGAGAUCGCAUCAUGCUCCACCGCCUCCACCUUCGUCAGAUGCUUCACAACAACAAGCUCAAACUCCAUUGUCUCCUUCUAGAACUGUACACAAGGACCGUCAGCUUGACAGCAGCUCCGAGGAAGAGGAUGACGAUAAUGCUUUUGAAUUAGUUGAUCAACCUGAACGUCAUUCUGUGCCACAAAGGGCUCAUACCAUUGGUUCUUCGAGCGAAUCACGUUCUCACGCAAGAGGUGCACCACCACCAAUUCCUGGAAGCGUUCCUCCACCUCCUAUUCCAGGAACUGUUCCGCCACCACCAGUGCCGCAUGCAGGUCUUCCUCCUUCAAUACCAAUUGGCGAGCCACCUAAAAGAGCAUCGACGGAAGCGCCUCCUUUGUUGCAAACUUCAACUGGUGCGUCAGUUGGGUCAAUUCCAGGUAGGAAGUCAACGGAAUCAAUGUCGAGGUCAAGAUCACUAAAAGGAAAUGGGAGUGAUAAAAAUCAAGCAGAAAUCACUUUAGAACAAUUGGAAUUUGAAAUUUCCAAUAUCAAGUCAACGUCAACUUGGUGGUUGAAGAAUGAAUUACCAGAGUCAUUGAUCCAAAAGAUUGGUGUUGAUUUGAUAUAUGAAGUUGAUACCAACAAAAUCCAUAAACGCGGUGGUAGAACUACGGUGUAUCGUGACUACUAUGUUUUAUUUUUUGAUUUAUCGCAGUUGGUUUUUGAAUUGGAGUUUGAUGAGAGUGACCCGAGAAACACGAUACGUUUAAGCAACCAAUUAACCAAACCUUCUCCAGCUAUACGCAAAGACUACUUGGAAAACAAUCAUCGUAAAUUUGGACCAGUAGUUGUCAAUGCGGCUGCUCAUUUGCUUGGGUCGAAAUUGGACGGCAACUUGAUUUCACACAUUUUUCAAAGUCCUGAAUUGAAACAUAAGUUAUUGCCACCAAUUGGAAACAAAUCUUAUGGAGUCACGAUCUACAAGAACUUUAACAAUUCAAAUAUUUCCAAAAUAGAUGACAUUCAAGUUGGUGACAUUUUGUGGAUUAAGAAUGGGAAAUUCAGCACACACAAGGGAAUUAUUGGCAGCAAAUCAGUGACUGUUGGCGAUGCAUCGGAUAACAGUACUUUUACUGGUGUGAUUUACGAUUUUGAUCCCAAAAAGGAGAAAUUCAAGGUUGUUGAACAGGAUGCCUCAGGUCAUGUUAAGAAGGAAUCGCACAAGAUCGGCGAAUUCAAGAGUGGUAGAAUUAGAGUGUUUAGGCCAGUUUCUAAACUGUAUGUAGAUUGGUAG